AUGCCACGUCUUUUGGCUACACAAUCACAUGUGGUUCAUGGCUAUGUAGGAAAUAAAGCCGCCACUUUUCCGUUACAAUGCUUAGGUUGGGAUGUAGACUGUUGUAAUAGCGUUCAAUUUUCCAAUCAUACUGGUUAUGGUAUGGAUCGUGUAUUUGGUAAUAUCACAAACCAAAAUGAUCUAGAAGCAUUACUAGGCGGGGUAUUUGCAAAUUUUGCAACGGAUUAUGAUGCAAUAUUAUCAGGUUAUUUGCCAAACAAGGAAUCUGUAAAUUGUAUGGGGCAACAUUAUUCAAAAUUUAAAGCAGAAAAUAAGAAAUUACUGUGGUUGAUGGAUCCAGUGAUGGGAGACGAAGGUCAAUUGUAUGUAAAUGAAGAUGUGAUACCAGAAUAUCAAAAAUUGACCUUUUCUCCCGAUAGUUUGGUUGAUAUUAUAACUCCUAAUCAAUAUGAACUUGAGAUUCUAUACGGAAAGAAGAUUUCUUCUAGGGAAGAACUCAAACAGUCAUUACAAGAAUUGCAUAAAACGGUACCUGUGAUAGUGGUUACAUCUUGUAGUUCAGAACUUUUUGAUGAUAAAGGAUAUAUAUAUUGUGUUGCAUCUAUCAAAGGUGAAAAUCCUGUGGUAUAUCGUAUUCCAUUUAUUGAUACAUAUUUCACUGGUGUUGGGGACCUUUUUUCUGCCUUGUUAUUAGAUAGGAUAACAAAAUUAUACCAAGAUGAAACAUCUACUUUAAAAUUUGCAGAUCAGAUUGAUGACAUUAUUAAUGUGCUCCAAAGAGUUUUAAAGAUGACGAAAUAUCAUAGUAAAGAGAAUAUAAAGAGUAAAAUGGGGUCAGUAAAAGGCAUGAAAGAUAUGGAAUUGAGGAUAGUCGAAUCGAGAGAUCUAUAUCACACUAUUCCGAUAGUAAAUAAUGACUUGCCAAUAGAUUUUUCAAAUAAGAAAUAUUUAUAUGAAGAACUUUGA